AUGCCUCCUCUCAGCAAGCGAUCUCGAUCAGAGAUCCAAAACCUUCAACCUCUCAUGCCGAUUUCCGAUCAUCAUUCCAAAAUCUCCCAAUACGAACUCUCUAGAGAAGAAAGAAUCCGCGAAAACCGCGAGAGAAUGGGAAAAUUGGGGAUUUUCGAUAUCUCACUUUCCCUCAAGCUCAAAUCAACCCCACCUUCGCGAAGAUCUCCAUCUAACCCUAAAUCGCCUAUUUCUCGUAACCUAUCUGCCCCUUCUCGCCGUUCUUCCAGGUUGCAGAAUGUUGCUCCUAUUAGUUACUCAGAAGCGCCACUGAAGCAAGAAGUGGGUGAGAAAAAGACUAGGGUUGUGAUAAGAGAAGGUUCUAAGCCUGAGGUUUAUACUGAAGAACAUGAGAAGCUUUUGGGGAAUACUGAGAGAACUUGGGAGCUUUUUGUGGAUGGUGUUGGAAAAGAUGGGAAAAGGAUCUAUGAUUCUGUUCAAGGCAAAACAUGUCAUCAGUGCAGGCAAAAAACUCUUGGUCUUCGGACACGCUGUUGCGAAUGCAACUUGGUCCAGGGGCAGUUUUGUGGAGAUUGCUUGUACAUGAGAUAUGGGGAGCAUGUACUAGAAGCCCUGGCCAAUCCAACUUGGAAGUGCCCGGCUUGUCGUGGAAUUUGCAACUGUAGCUUAUGCCGUAAUGCUAAAGGAUGGGCACCUACUGGAUAUCUAUAUAGAAAGGUAGUGCAGUUGGGUUACAAAUCGGUUGCACACUACCUCAUCCAAACCCGUCGCGCAGAAGAUGUUGAGAAAAAUGAUGAUACUUCCAACCCAGUUUCAGAUACGGAUGUUAAGAAAAAUGAUGUUUCCUAUGCUCUUUUGGCUAAAAGGUCACUUCCCUUCUCUGAUGCAGACAACAAUGAUAAUAAGCUUGGACUAAUGCAGUCUCCAACUGAAACUGAUGGCGACGAGGUUGCUGCAAAGAGAUUGUUGAUUUUUCCUGAUGAGCAAGUUCAGCUUGAAAAAGUCGAGGGUGGUUCGGAUGCCCCUGAUGAGCAAGUUCAGCUUGAAAAAGUUGAGGGUGGUUUGGAUACGCAUGAUGAGCAAGUUCAGCUUGAAAAAGUCGAGGGCGGUUCGGAUACCAGGAAGGUACUUGCUUCUUCCAGCAAACCAAGCCCAGACAGUGUUGCUGGAAGACUUAGGUCUAGGACAAAAAAGCAACGAUGA